AUGGAAGUCAUUAUAGCGAAGGGGGCGGAUGAAAUGAGGAAGUCGCAGAUCUGGCUGAGGAGAGCUCUUGUGUUAGAGGUUCAGAUACGGGAGACACAAAACCAAUCAAUCAGCCACCAAGAAGGGUACCCCUUGCCUUUGCAAAAUAAAGGAGAGAAAAUUAUAUCCCAGAUGGAGGAAAGCGGGAUCAUUAGGAAAUCUGUCAAGAUGUCAAAUUUGUCAGAUCGAGGUAGUCUAAGGGAAGUUUUAUGGGAUGUAAAGGCGAUUCAGUCAAGGAACUGCUUCAUGCGAAAACAUUGUUUGACGAUCUGGGAAAGAAAUUCUCAUUUGCGACGGCAGUGUAGUUUGUUGAAUCAAUCUAGAGGACCUGCAGAUAAAACAAAGCUCUACCACUGGAAAAAUCUCAAUUAUUGCAAGGUUCCCAAGGGAGGUAGCACUUAUUGGAUGCAGAUAUUCUUAGCUCUGAACAACGUAAAAAACAUAACUGAUCUAUUUGGCAAAAAACGAUCUCUACAGCAUUCCUAUACCAUGGCUACAAUUUCAUGGAGAAAUACAGCUGUUACCGACGUCAUAUUUCACGUCACAAGAAACCCGUACUCUCGUUUAUUUUCGGCAUACAUUGAUAAAAUAUUUCUUCCUGGAUUUUGGCAACUUGCCAUGGAUAUCAAUAAAAGAAAUGGGAAACGUUGCAACCAACCCGUCAGUUUCGAAGAAUUUUUGAAAUUUAUUUUGGUCUAUUACUUGAAUGAACCACACUGGCAGCCGAUAUCUGCUCUGUGUUCCUCGUGCACAGUUCCGUAUAACGUCAUCAGCAAACAGGAAACAUUCAACCAGGAUGCUCAUUUUAUUCUUGAUCAGUUGAACAUUUCGCAAAAUUUAAAACAAUAUUUCUUGAAAAAUCUUCAGGAAAAACAUACAGAAAACUCAAUCAAAGAGAUAACCAAGGUCAUGUCUGAAUAUGCUAGAAAAGCCUCGUGUAUAUCAUUUUUACAAUUUAUCAAAAGAUUAUGGAAAUCUUUCCAGAUUCAAGGAUAUAUAUCUGAUUCCAUUCCGUGUCCAGUGCAUGAAUUUAGGUCUCUAAACUUUUAUCAAAUUGACGGCAUUGUGAGGGCAUGUUUGAAAGCCACUAGAAAAAUUCAUAUGACGGAGACAAUGUCAGACAAGCAACGACAGAGGCAUCUGGCGAGGGCAUUUACAUCUGUGAGCUCCAAAACCAUAGACGUCAUUAGGAUGACAUACAAAAACGACUUUGAAAUAUUCGGUUAUUCAUACGAGUUACCGACUGGAUAACGAUUGUUAAAGUGAUACCUGAAUGAUAAGAUUUUUAUAUUCAUGUAAUGAUAUUGAGACUUAAGUAUACAUCAAGCGAAAAUUAAUUCAUAUUAAUAAA